UGUGUUCUCAUUCAUCUUCAGCGCACACCUCCGUCCACAAAACUUCACCAAUGUCCUCUAAAGUGAAACCUUGAGAAUUUUCUAUAUAUACUAUAAAACACUGUUCCAACUCUUAACUCUUCAACAUACACUUUUUCCCAUCUUCUCAAUCUUGAAAAAGUUUUAGCUGCCAGGCCCAGAAUCAUAUUCUUUUCCUGAUCUCUAAUGGCGGAAAUCACUGAAAAGCCUUCCAACAUUGAUCCGCGCAGUGGAUUCUGCAAAGCCAACUCCACCUUCUACAGCAAGCGCAAACCGGUGCCUCUUCCCUCCAAUGAUUCGCUCGAUGUCACCACCUUCAUCUCCUCCCGCGCCCACAACGGCAAGAUUGCCUUCAUUGACGCCGCCACCGGCCGCCAGCUGACUUUCGCCGAUGUCUGGCGUGCCGUUGAUGCCGUUGCCAGCUCGCUUUCUGCUGACUUUGGCAUCCGUAAAGGCCAUGUUGUCCUCCUGCUCACCCCUAACUCGAUCUACUUCCCCAUCGUCUGCCUCGCCGUUAUGUCCCUCGGUGCCAUCAUCACCACCACCAAUCCCCUCAAUACUUCCCGCGAAAUUGCGAAACAGAUCGCGGAUUCUAAGCCUGUGCUGGCCUUCACUAUCCCGCAACUGCUGCCCAAACUCGCCGAUUCAAAUCUCCCAGUCGUCCUCCUUGGAUCCGAAUGUGGCACUCCCAACUCUAGCAAAUUGAGAAUCGUUGCGUCGAUUGAGGAACUGAUGAGGAGAGAACCGAGGCAGAGCCGAGUCAAGGAAAGAGUCCACCAAAACGACACGGCAACCCUUCUCUACUCCUCCGGCACAACCGGCGCCAGCAAAGGCGUCGUUUCCUCGCACAGAAACUUAAUCGCGAUGGUCCAAACCGUGGUAAACCGCUUCAAAUUAGACGAAGAAGAGCAAACAUUCAUUUGCACAGUGCCAAUGUUUCACAUCUACGGAUUAGUAGCCUUCGCCACUGGUCUGAUAGCUUCCGGUUCGACGGUCGUAAUCCUUUCAAAAUUCGAGAUGGAUGAAAUGCUAAUGGCAAUCCAAAAAUUCUCCGCCACUUACUUGCCUUUAGUGCCACCAAUUCUGGUAGCCUUAGUCAACCAUGCUGAAAUCAUUAGGAAAAAGUACGAUCUAAGCAGCCUACACUCAGUGCUCUCCGGCGGCGCGCCGCUGAGUAAGGAAGUAAUAGAGGGGUUCUCGGAGAAGUAUCCGAACGUGACGAUUCUACAGGGAUAUGGACUCACCGAGUCGACUGGGGUCGGAGCGUCAACAGACUCUCUGGAGGAGAGCCGGAAGUAUGGUACGGCGGGGCUGCUGUCCCCGAGCAUGGAGGCGAAGAUCGUGGAUCCGGAGAGUGGGGUGGCGUUGUCAGUGAAUCAGACGGGUGAGCUUUGGCUGAAGGGUCCCACCAUCAUGAAAGGUUAUUUCAGCAAUGAAGAGGCCACAGCUUCGACUCUGGAUUCAGAAGGGUGGUUGAGAACUGGAGAUUUAUGCUACAUUGAUGAGGACGGAUUUAUCUUUGUGGUUGACAGGUUGAAGGAGCUCAUCAAGUACAAGGGUUAUCAGGUUCCUCCUGCAGAGUUGGAGGCGUUGUUGCUCACUCACCCAGAAAUUGCUGAUGCUGCUGUUAUCCCGUUCCCAGAUAAGGAGGUUGGGCAGUUUCCGAUGGCAUAUGUGGUACGCAAAACAGCAAGUACUAUAUCAGAGAACGGAGUGAUGGAUUUCAUUGCUAAACAGGUGGCUCCAUACAAGAGAAUUCGACGAGUUGCAUUUGUGGCUUCUAUUCCAAAGAAUCCUUCAGGGAAGAUACUCAGGAAGGAUCUAAUCAAGCUUGCUGUCUCUAAAAUGUGAACCUGUAAACCAUACAGUUAUAUUUAGGGCCAAGAGCUAUUACAUUUGAUCAGUGUGAAUGUAUUUAGUGAAUUACAAGGUUGUCUGGCUUGUAGAAGCAAGUAUGUAAUAUUAAUUCACCUGAUCAUAUUACCCUUGUUAGUUGAUCAUAAUGACAAAAGAUUAGCGAAUUGCAAGAGGAUA